AAGUAAUAAAAUAAGACAAAAAGCAAAGAAAAUUCCUAAAUAAAUAAAUAAAUGUUCAUAAAAUUUCUCAUCCGACGAAGCUUCCUGGAAGUUGCAGUGUGGAACUUACAGUUCCCAACUAUUUAAGCACCGCACCUGCUCCCCUCAAUUCUCAUAGUUAUUCAUUUGUCUUCAGCUUUUCUUCUUUGUUGUUUGGCACUCUUUUCUUAAAUCAUGAAGCUCAUCAGCAGGCUGAGUCCCAAACGUCUUUUUCGAUCUAGUAAAAAAGACCGAUUCAUUGUCUCCAAAUUCGACCCUUCGUCGUAUAGUUCUGGGUCCGCUACGUCGUCAUCUUCUUCUUCGUCAGACUCUAUCCACAAAAGAGAUCAGUACGCUUCGACGGCUACUGUUGAUUUCGGAACUCCCACCAGCGUUUUGCCAGAAAUAUCAGGUGACUGGUCGGAUUUUUCCGCUAAUUUUAAUCUUGAACUUUGUCAAGCUUUUAAAAUAAUAGACAAAGAUAAUGACGGGGUUAUAACGAGAAGCGAGCUCGAGUCUCUGCUUAGCAAGGUCUGCAGGCAUCCGCCGAGCCGGGAAGAGGUUUCGUUGAUGUUGAGCGAGGUUGAUGGUGACGGUGACGGUGACGGUGACGGUGACGGUGACGGGUGCAUCAGCCUGGAAACGUUGAUGAACCAGGUGGUUGGACCUGCUUGCGACGAACCGGCUUGUGAACCGGAGCUUAGGGAGACGUUUGAUCUUUUUGAUACGGAUCAUGAUGGGAAGAUCACAGCAGAGGAGUUGAUGGCGUUUUAUAAGGACACAAUAGGGGAUGAGCUGUGCACGUUAGAGGAUUGCCGGCGCAUGAUAGCGAGUGUUGAUAAGAGCGGAGAUGGAUUCGUGUGCUUCGAGGACUUCUCCAGAAUGAUGGAGCUGCAGAGAUGAUCAUGAUUAUGUGUUUGAUAAACAUGUAAUUGAGAUGCACUUGAUUUAAUGGGGAAAAAAAGAGAAAAAGUCUUUGUUUUUUUUUUUUUUCUUAAAUCUGGAAUUUGGGUGGUUUUUUUUUUUUUGUCUUUAAAUUGCUUUUUGUUGGGUUUAAUUAGGGUUGGGGAUGUCAAAAAUCAGGCUCAGAUUGGUUGAUCUGAAGCGAGAAAAAUGUGCCUUGUGUGCCCAAAUGAUGUAUCAUAAGACGGGAAGAAAAAAAUUCCUCUCUUAUCAGUUUGUGGUGUGCGUUUUAUGGAAUUUUAUUUUAUUUUUAUUAAUUUUAAAGUUGUAUUGGAAUUUCGAAUUCAUAAAGAUGAAAAAGAUCAAAAAGAGAAGGACGAGAACAAAUUAGAUAUAUUUUUGACCAUGAGAGUCAAUGAUAA